GUUUUUAUCGUGGACAAUCGUUAGCAUUGUUUUAUCUGAAUCACGUGAUAACUCCGGGGUAUGACUGACUUCCUGUUUCGUGUGUAAACCUACUGUCUGUUUUGAUGGUUUACUCUCAUCAUAGAAGAUAAUUUGUGAUUCAGUUAAAACAUCCAUUCUUCAUUUACCAUAGUGCUAGAGACACAGUAAAUGAAUUAUUGCUGUUCGUAAAUAUAAAUUUUGUGAACAUACUAUGCAUGUUUGUGGGUUAACUUAUAACCUUUCGUCCUAAUUUUUAAACAAGAAUUAAUAACUAGCAGAUGCUACAAAUGAAUAUGAUUUGGCUAUCCUGAAUAUUACUACACAUCAAUAUGGAACUGAAAGUAUGGGUGGAUGGUGUACAAAGAGUAGUCUGUGGUGUAACUGAUGCAACAACUUGUCAAGAUGUUGUGUAUGCUCUUGCCCACGCUACAGGUCAAACAGGAAGAUUCACAUUAAUAGAAAAAUGGAGAAAUAAUGAACAUCUUUUGGCUCCAAUGGAACAUCCUCUAAGAGUAUUAACAAAAUGGGGAGAAUACUCUAAUGAUGUUCAAUUUGUUAUGAGACGUUCUCAAGCAGAUUCAAAAUCUUCUGGAUCUGCAAAUCAAAGUAAUAUUAGUAAAAGACAGCAUGACUUUUUACAUAGUUUUUCUCCUACCAAUAAUACAGUUCAUUCUAAUCUGUCACCACAAAAUAAAGAAAUAAAAAAAUCACUGACUUUUAGUGGAGGUCGUGCAAGUAGUAGUAGUGUUAAUGCUAGUAUUCCAUCUCAAGGAGCUAGUAGUAAUAAUACCCCUCCUAAAGUUGAUCCACCAUUACCUCCUAUGUCUAAUAUGGGGAGAAAUCGUUCUAGGCAAGAUGUACCAAGAGGAGUAGUUCGUGGUGUUCCUCAGCGUCCACGAGAAAAUGAGUACUCACAAGAAAUUGGUCAGCCUGUGGUAGGAUCCAGAACAGAGAGACCAAAACAUCCACCUCCUUAUAAUGAAGCUGUCUCUCGUUCCAGUGGUAGAUUUCCACCUAGUCAUUUAUCAUUAGCUGUGACUGGUUCUCCAUUCAGUCAGAGUGAUGAAUCUCCUUCUUCUAAACGUCGUCAUGUUUCAUCUCUAAGGACAGAUCACAUAAUUGAUCAUGAAAUGUCUCAUAUUCAACCAUAUGAUGAACACCAUACCUCAUCAACAAAUGUUUGUACUAGUAGUGGUAGUAAUAAUAAUAAUAAUAGUAACAGUAAUUAUAAUCAAUCAUCUGAAAAUAUUAUUGAUUUAAAUAUCAAGAGUCCUGAAUCUGCACAUAGUAAUAGAUCAAAUCACAAUUCUGAAAAUGGUAAAAAAUCACAGAAUCCUAUUUCAAUAUCAGACAGAAAUCAAUAUUUAGAUCAUAAUCUUCCAACAGAAACACCAAAAGCCAAGAAAAAUUUACUUUCUGAAUUUGAUAGUGAAAAUAAUAUUAGACCAUUAGAUAUUAAACAGCAUAUAACACGUUCUUCUCCAUCUCGAAGUAGUCAAAUAAAUGAAAACAAACAUGAUCCCCAAGUACAAGAUUUGAUGAGAUUGGUCAGUUUGCAAAGAGAAAAACUAGAUAAUCAACAAGCUGAAUUGGCCCAAUUUGAUGCUGAAAUUGUAUAUUGGGAAGGAAGAUUGAAAGAACAAGAAGAACGUUUAGUUGCAUUGCAAGAAGAAGUACGAAGACUUGAAAAAGCACAAUUAGAACAUGAAAGUGAAUUGAAUCAGUUGGAACAGCACUCUCUUCUAGAAGAAGCAGAACUUGGACGUCAGCAAGAAUGCACGUUAAGAUCAGAACUGACAUUAGCUAGGUCUCAAUUAGCAAAUUGUGAAAGUGAAUUACUUCAGUAUCGACAAAGAAUUAGACAGUUAUUGGAAGAUAUUGCUGAAGAAAGGAGGAGACGUGCCAAACAAGAAGAACAAGUAAAGAAGGAACGUGAAGAACAAGAACAGACUGUACAAAAUCAGUUGGCAAAUUUACAGCAACAAAUGAAAGAAAAAGGAAAAGAAUUAGAAAGUCAGAAAAAUACUGCUGAAAAGCUUGGAGAAGAAUUGAAGCAAUUAGAAAGUACUUUAUCUGAUAAGGAGCAACAAAUAGAAAAAUUAUCUCAAGAAAUUCGAGAAGCUAAUUUACUCUCUUUAUCAAUGACUCCUGCUGAGGAAAUUAAGCACACAUUGGAAGGUAGCUUUCAUAACAGACCUGGAAGUUCUAGGAAAAUUAUAGGUUCUCCAAGACAGUUAGAAAAUGCAGUUCCAACUAAUAAGAAUCCUCAUGGUGUUUGGGUUUGAGAAAAUAAUAAACACACAUCACAGGAUUAAUGUUUUUUUUUAUGAUUUAGAGUAAAACUGGUCAUUUUACACUCAUACCAAAGGAGAAAAUAUUCUCAAUGGGAGCAGUUGAUUAAAUAUUGUAUAUAAAAGUUUUUUUAAUUAUUCUUUUAUUUGGAAAUUUUUAUGAAGUUAUUUUAACUGGAUAUAUAUUCCAGUAUUUUGAGUUGCCAAAAUUUUCAUUUACUAGAAUUUUAUAGUGAUUAUUUCUUAAAUUGGAUUAAAAUAUAGAUUUCAUAACAAUAUUUUUUAGGAUUGGAUUUCAUAACAAUAAAUAUAUGGGAAAGUUUGUUUCAUAAAUUUACAGUAAUCAAAAUCAGUUAUAUCAGAUGAAUGUCAUAAUUUUGAAACUAUAUAGAAGAUUAUAGAAUUCUUUUCUUUAAUUCUUCUCAAUGAUUAAAAGUUUAA